GUUCAUCUGGAGUGACAGAAUUGUAAUUUCCCCCAUAUUUUAAAAGGUUUUUUUUUCAAGAUCACGAGUACAUGUAGGUGAUAAUUCUAGUCUGGUUGGUAUCUAUACAUUCAGAAGAGUUUUGCAUUUACAUGCAUGGUUAAUGCCGUGAGCCCCCUUCGAGAUGAAUGGUGUUAAUUACCUGACAGUGUUAGAAGUAGUAGUACUCAUCGUUUUUAACUAUGCUCUAUAUGCAUCCGCAACAUCCAUUACAAAGGAGCUACCAAACCCUCAUCCAGAGUAUGAAUUGACGACCAUGUCAAAGUAUGGAUCUUUCACAAUCAUUCUCGGUGGAACAAAUUAUUUGUAUAGAGUACUUAUGCAAAACUUAGAAAAAGAGGUUGAAACAAAUAUUGGACCAAGACUUGACAAUCCUUACUGCUUCAAUCUAGAAAAUGACCAAUGUGAGAAGAAACUGUACAACAGUUAUAUUAAAGUCCUGCUUAUCAACAACAACAAGAGGCUGCAACAAGAUGAAAUCAUCAUCUGUACAAGUCUGUUUCAAGGUAGUUGUGGCAAGCGAAAUGUCACCACAUUGGAACUUCUGCCCGGCUACAGUGACAUGUCCGGACAUAGAGAACCUGUAGUGGCCAACAACAAAUCUGCCACGACUGUGGCUUUUCUGGCACCAGGACCAAGCACAAAUGGAACCCCAUCCACAGCCAUGUACGUGGGGGCCUCGUGGACAAACACUGGACUAAGAGCUAUUAGAGGCUUAGUGCCAGCAUUCAGCAGUAGGAAAACAGAGAACUUCUCUUUUACUUUCGAAGACGUAGCUACCAGGUCUAACACAAUGGUGAAUUAUAUAAGCAAAGACUCCUUUCCUAUCCGAUACAUUUACGGGUUCACGUCUGGGAAUUUUAGCUACAUGGGGACCAUCCAGAAACCUAGGGUUAAUGCUGAAAACUAUGUUUCUAAGAUGAUACGCGUGUGUCUUUUUGAUAAGCAUUUUUAUUCCUAUGCAGAAGCAAAACUUAAUUGUGAAUUCAACGGAAAAACAUACAACUUAUUACAAGCCGCUAAAGUAAGCAAACCAGGGAGGCAUCUAGCUGCUGCACUGGGCAUAUCCGACGACAAUGAUGUUUUGUUUGGAAUGUUUGGAUAUGGACAUCCAAAUAAUCCCAUCAACAGCAAUAAAGAGUCCGCUAUGUGUAUUUUUCCGAUUCGGAAAGUCAACAAAGUCUUUACUUUAAACAUCAAGACCUGUUUUAAGGGAAAUGGAAGAACUGGUCCUGAAUAUAUUUCUGCUCCCAGGAAUUGCCAGUCAACACCAUUUGAUAUUGAUAAUGAAUAUUGUGGAAAAUAUGACUUCAACACUCCAAUCAAUGGCCCAAAGUCGAUAAAGGCAACAAAGGUCAUUAGCAUCAAUACCACUGCCUCCUCCCUGAUAGUUACCACAACCCACGCCGGCUAUACUGUGGCGUUCAUUGGCACCAGGACCGGACACAUAAAGAAGGUUUCAAUCGAGUCCAGCAACAUUGCAACCGAAUAUGAUGAUAUCACGGUAGACCCAGGAUUUCCCAUUUUAAAAGAUAUGAUCUUCGAUGAGGUCGAGCAAUAUCUCUAUGUUCUCUCUCCAAACAAGUUGGUGAAAAUGGUGGUACAAAACUGUAGCCUGUACACGACUUGUAAGGAAUGUAAGGGAGCCAAUGACCCAUAUUGUGGAUGGUGCUCACUGGAAAAUAAGUGUAGUCUGGCCCAGGAGUGUUCAGAAUAUGAUUCGGUUUUCAAAUGGAUGGAAUACAAUGGGGAGACCUGCACAAAGAUCACCCAAGUUUACCCUGACAAAAUUCAGAGGGACAACAAUCUUGCUAAAACCACCACUAUAUCAUUAAAUAUAUCCAACCUCCCAACCUUCAUGGGAUCGUACAAAUGUGCUUUCCAUGGCAAUGGGAAGACGAUUGAAACAGCAGCAAACAGAACCACUCCGUACCUGGUGAACUGUGACACUCCUGUGCAUAAUGAACUACCUCUAUUUCCUAUAUAUACAGAUUACAUCACAAUGAAACUAUCUGUGGUGGUCAUGAGAUUUGACAUCGCUUCAACUAACUUUACAUUAUUUGACUGUAGAGUUCAUACCAACUGUUACAGGUGUACCUCUAGCUUGUUUAACUGUACCUGGUGCAUCAAGAACCAUCUGUGUACCCACUUCCCGGUGAUGGACUGUAACAACAACGAAGACUUUAUUGCAGGGCAGAAUAAUGACGGAAUGACAGUCCCACAUGACAGUGGACCUAACAAAUGUCCUAGUCUUGAUCCAAGUAAGCGGCAGAACCUACUGGUGCCGUCAGGGACCAAUAAAAUUAUCUCCCUUAUCCUCAAAAAUUUAAAGCCAUACCAAAAACCGAUACGCUGUGUGUUUGCAUUUAACUCAGAGACAGAACAAAGAGGAGAGAUAGCUAACAUGGUAGACAUGGGAGGGGUGGUGAUCAUUAAAUGUAAACAGACCAGGUUUUAUUAUCCUGAAGACGCCAAAAGCUACAAUGUCCCCCUGAAAAUACUAUGGGGUGAGAUGUAUCCCAAACAACUGGACAAUCCUAAUAAUGUACAAGUGAUAAUGUACAAGUGUGAAAAAAUGUCCAGUAGUUGUGGUGAAUGCCUGACCCAGCAUGAGGCCUUUUCCUGUGGGUGGUGCAAACCAUCCAACCAGUGUAGCUUACAGUCAUCCUGUACAACCAAAAACAGCUGGCUAUCAAGAUACGAAAACUGUCCAAAUCCUAGAAUAUUUAAGAUUUAUCCGUUGUUUGGACCAAAGCAGGGCGGGACAUUACUGACCAUUGAUGGCAUUGAUCUUGGGAAAUCUUACGAGGACAUAGUCAGCGGCAUAUAUGUAGCGGGUGUUCGGUGCUCACCUAUUCGCAAGGAGUAUGUGGUAUCUAAACAGAUUGUGUGCACUACCGCUCCUUACUUUGGCCAAGAGGAGAAAAAUUCCGGCCAAGUGCUGUUGACAGUGGCAAUGACUCUAACUACCCGGUCCGAUGAGCAGUUCACCUACGUGGACCCAGAAAUAACUGAUAUUACACCAACGCAGGGACCAAAAUCUGGAGGAACAAAAAUAGCAAUUUUUGGGAAAUACCUGAAUGCUGGGACGAGUAGGAAAAUGUGUUUUGGCAAUGAGACAUUUGAGUGCAAAAUCAUUAAAGAGAGAACAUUCAGCUCUAACUUGACCUGUGUCACAGCUCCUUCUAACAGUGCUUUUACCACAGACCCACUAUAUAUGGACAUCGAUCACCAACGAGUCAAUAGUCACUUGACCUUCCGCUAUGCGGAGGAUCCAAUUAUCACAGAGGUCAGCAGGCUCAACUCUUUUGUCAGUGGAGGAUUGAGAGUUCUAGUUCGAGGAAAGGGAUUCAAUUCUAUCAACACUUCUUUGCCCAAAAUGGUCUUCUACAGAAUAGAUCUCAACCAGACAGUAACAGCUUAUUACGGGGGAUGUCUGGUACUCAAUGAUAUCACAAUGGAGUGCAGCACCCCCAAGGUAGAGUCCUCCAUGGUCACUAAGCGGCCCAACACUCCGGACGAAAGCGGCGUAGCAUUCGGGUUUGUCAUUGAUAAUGUCCAGGACAUCCGUAACUUUAGUGCCACCUAUAAGGCGUUCUUCCAAAUUUGUGAAGAUCCAGAAAUUAACAUUUUUCCUAACGACAAAAUCAAGCUCUACCUACAAAAAGUCAAUGAAUAUUUAACAAUAAGUGGAAAACACCUAGAUCAGAUUCGGCUUGAAUUAGAUGAUGUUGUGAUUAAAAUUGGCAAAAGUGAAUGUAAUGUCACCUCAACAGGGAAACAGUUUACCUGCCGACCCCCGAAAGAACAACCCAUUCCAGUGAAGAGUAUGCUUUACCCAGAGGUCGAGGUAGGUAUUGCAGUGUUUGUUUAG